ACCGCCCGCGCGCGUUGACAGACUGCCACUGCCACUGCCAGCCAGCCAAGAGGAAAAAAUCAGCUGCGAGCAGAGGAGAGGGAGGGAGAGAGAUGGCGGACGCCGAGGCGCCCUUGCUGCGGCCCGCCGAGGACGACGGCGACGAGGCGGCGCCGCUGGCCGGCGUCUCCGACUUCUGCGGCCGCCCAGUCAGCCGCGCCGGCUCCGGCGGCUGGCGCUCCGCCCUCUUCGUCGUCGUGUUGGAGAUCGCCGGCAACUUCGCCUUCUUCGGCGUCUCGUCGAACCUCAUCACGUACCUGACGGGGCCGCUGGGCCACUCCAACGCCGCGGCUGCUGCCGCCGUCAAUGCCUGGUCCGGCACGGCCUGCCUGAUGCCACUGCUGGGCGCCUUCGUCGCCGACUCGUGGCUGGGCCGCUACUAG